AUGUCCACCGUCACCGGUGUCCCAGCCAGUCAGGCGCUGUGCCCGGGGUUCUGGGAGACCCUGAAGGGUUUAGUGCAGGCCCGUCUAUUCCCACUUGGACGGUGCGAGCAAGAGUUUUAUCGCGCUCCGGUUGGCGAGUCCCAUCAUGUUUCUUCCCUGGUUCGCAUCUCCAAGUCCAGACCCCAUUACCUCAGCCACACUGCGCACUCAAUGGCACAUGCGUGA